AUGGUGCUCAAAGGAUUCGCCCCGGGCACGCCCGAGACGGACAAUGUCCCCACAUUCCUCGGCCUCAGAGGCAUCCGCCUCAGCUGGGCCAUUGGCUUCGCCGCCAGUACCGGUUUCCUGCUCUUCGGCUACGACCAGGGCGUACUCGGAUCGCUCUACACGCUGCCGUCGUGGAUCGAGCAGUUCCCCGAGAUCGACACGACGACAAAGGUCGCCAAUGCCAGCUCCAGCGAGUCGAUCCUCCAGGGCCUCGUCACGGGUGUCUACGAGCUCGGAUGCUUCCUCGGCGCCAUCUCGCAGCUCUACCUCGGAAACAAGCUCGGCCGUAGGAAGAACAUCUGGAUCGGAUCCGUCAUCAUGACCAUCGGCUGCAUCGGAUGCACCGCCUCGUACAACCUCGCCAUGCUCUUCGUCUUCCGCGUCAUCCUCGGUAUUGGCAACGGAAUGCACACCGCCGCCAUCCCCGUCUGGCAGUCAGAAUGCUCGCCGCCGCACAAGCGUGGCAUGCUCAUCAUGGUCGAGGGUGCGAUGAUCACCGGCGGCAUCGCAAUGUCGUACUGGAUCGACUUCGCCUUCUACUGGACCUCUCCGUCGGAUGCUUCGUGGCGAGUGCCGCUGGCUUUCCAGCUGCUCCUCAUCCUUCCCACAUUUGUCACCAUCUGGCUGCCCGAGUCGCCCCGUUGGCUCAUGCUCAGGGACCGCGAGGAGGACGCCCGUGCCGCCAUCGCCGCCCUCGACAACGUGCCCAUGGACGAUGCUGGCGUCGACGUCAAGCUCCACGAGAUCCGAUCCUCGCUCGCCGUCGUCAAGAGCUCCAAGUUCACGGACAUCUUCACCAACGGUCCCGAGCGCAACUUCCACCGUACUGCCCUCGGCUUCACCUCGCAGAUGUUCCAGCAGAUUACGGGUAUCAACCUGAUCACCUACUACAUCGGCAAGACCCUCGAGGAGCAGCUCGGCUUCGACCAGGUCACGUCCCGUAUCGUCGCCGCCGCCAACGGCACCGAGUACUUCCUCGCCAGUUGGAUCGCCGUCUUUGUCAUUGAGAAGAUGGGCAGGCGCAAACUCAUGCUCUGGGGUGCCGCCGGCCAGACGAUCUCGAUGAUCAUCCUCUCCAUCAUGGGCGCGCCCGCCCUGACGUCCAAGGGAAGCGGUCCUGCCGUCGUCUCGACCGUCUUCUUCUUCCUCUUCAACAGCUUCUUCGCCUUUGGCUGGCUCGGCAUGACCUGGCUCUACCCUGCCGAGAUCACCCCGCUCUCGAUCCGCGCCCAGGCCAACGGCAUCAGCACGUCCGCCAACUGGCUCUUCAAUUUCAUGGUCGUGAUGGUCACGCCCUACAUGCAAGAGAACAUUGGCCACCAUACCUACACCGUCUUCGCCGCUCUCAACUUCGCCAUCCUCAUCUCGACUUUCUUCAUCUUUCCAGAGACUUCCGGUCGUUCGCUCGAAGAGAUCAGUAGCAUCUUCUCGGUGUCGUCGAAGAUCAACCCCUUCGAUGUGGUGCUCAAGGAGCGAAAGACGCCGCGCCGCUACGACACGCACGGCAACCUCAUCAACGAGGAUUUUACCAUCGCCGACAUCAAGGAGGACAUCGAGGGCGGUGCGCACAAGGAGAAGAACCACGACGAGGUCGUCGACACCCGCGAUGCCUCGCCCUCGCCCCACUCCGAGAGCGCAUCGUCGCGAUGA